UGGACCGCAGUUCGAAGAGGAGGCAAGUGAAGCCUUUGGCAGCUUCGCUGCUGGAAGCUUUAGAUUAUGAUAGCUCUGAUGACAGUGAUUUUAAAGUUGGAGAUGCUUCAGAUUCUGAAGGAAGUGGUCAUGGGAGUGAAGAUGCAUCAAAGGACAGUGGUGAAGGUUCCUGCACUGAAUCAGAAGAAAAUAUCUUGGAGGAGGAACCGGCGGAAGAGAAAGUAGAAGAGCAGCAGCCAAAAAGCUCCGCUGAAGAAGAAGUGCCAACAGCAGACAAAGAGGUAAUUAAAACCGAAAAGAAAGAGCAAGAAGAUGAAGAAGAAAAGCCAAAAAAGAAGAAGGAGAAAGCAGCUGAACCCGAUGCUGUGGCUGAUGAGCAAACAAAUGAACCAAAAAAAUGGAAUUUGCGCAGGAACCGCCCUUUGCUGGAUUUUGUCUCGAUAGAACUGAAUGAUAUGGAUGACUACGACAGUGAAGAUGACAAUGACUGGCGGCCAACUGCUGGGAAAAGAAAAGGAAAAAAUGCCCUGCGAAAAGAGGGGAGCGAUGGAGAUAACGAGGAUGACGAAGAUGAUGGGAGCGGAAGCGAUGAGGAUGACAACGAUGAGGAAGGUAAUGAAGAAGAUAAUAGCAGCACGGCUAGUGAUGGAGGAUCCAAGAAGAAGAAGAGUAAAGUUCUUAACAGGAAUAAUGCAGAUGAUGAGGAAUUGACAAAUGAUAGCCUGGCUCUUUCACAAAGCAAGAGUAAUGAGGACUCAUUGAUCCUUGAGAAGUCUCAGAAUUGGAGUUCCCAGAAAAUGGACCAUAUUUUGAUUUGUUGCGUUUGUCUUGGAGAUAACAGUGAAGAUGCUGAUGAAAUAAUCCAGUGUGACAACUGUGGAAUAACAGUGCAUGAAGGUUGCUACGGUGUUGAUGGAGAGAGUGACUCUAUCAUGAGCUCAGCUUCAGAAAAUUCCACAGAACCUUGGUUUUGUGACGCCUGUAAAUGUGGGGUCACACCUAGUUGUGAACUGUGCCCUAACCAGGAUGGCAUCUUCAAGGAGACUGAUGCAGGCAGGUGGGUCCAUAUUGUUUGUGCCCUCUAUGUUCCAGGAGUGGCAUUUGGAGAUAUUGACAAACUGCGGCCGGUAACGCUUACAGAAAUGAAUUAUUCAAAGUACGGUGCCAAG